AUAAGCACGCAGUAACCCUCCCCGAGCCUGCGUCGCAGGCCUCCGCUAGCCAGAGCUCUCGCGACCGCUCGGGGCCGACGCGCUGCCCCUUCCGGCCCGCGGGCUCCGCUCGGCUCUUCCCGGCGCGCUGGGCCUUCGGCUCUUUCCGGAGCCACUUGCGGCAGGCUGCGGAGGCGCUGCGGACGCUGGCUGCAGAUGUCGGACCGGCGGGCGGCUGAGGGGCCGGGCGUCUGGAGCCCCGCAGCCCGCCGAGGGCCGGCGCACGGCGUCGGGGACGGCCCGGGAGUGGAGGGGAGCCAGGCGGCCGCCUCAGAGAAUGAAGAUCUAGAAGUCACCAAGGUCACCUCUCUAGCAGCUUCUGCCUCUGAUCCGGAACCCCAUUCCUCAUCCUACAGGCCACAGAUGGUAUCUCCGGUGAGGGAGGAUGCCACAGAAGAUCAGCAGAAGGCAGCCAGUGCCAUGGAGGCACAGGCCUCGGUGGAACAGGAAUUGCUGUCUGCAGACCAGGCCCAGGUCCUCAGCAAGAUGGCCAAGUACCAUGGUCUGCCAAGGUCUGGGGACAUCGUUAUGAUCCAGUCUGAGCACACAGGAGCUGUAGAUAUUCUUUCAGCUGAUUUGGAAUCUGCAGACCUUCUGGGGGACCACAGGAGAGCAUUUCCUCCAGGUCUCUUUCUCGGUGGUGAGCUGCCUGUCCUUUCAGUCUCCCCGCCUCUGAUAGCACCUCCGUGCAUCUGGACCUUUGCCAAGAUGAAGGAAUUCAAAAGCAAGCUGGGCAAAGAGAAGAACAGCCGUCUGGUGGUGAAGCGGGGUGAGGUGGUGACCAUCCGGGUACCUACCCACCCAGAGGGGAAGCGUGUCUGCUGGGAGUUUGCGACCGAUGACUACGACAUUGGCUUUGGAGUUUACUUUGACUGGACCCCUGUAACCAGCACUGACAUAACGGUGCAGGUCAGUGAUUCCAGUGAGGAUGAGGAUGAAGAUGAGGAGGAAGAGGAGGAGAUUGAAGACCCUGUCCCAGCUGGAGACGUGGAGCGAGGCUCCAGGAGCUCCCUGCGGGGCCGCUAUGGGGAGGUCAUGCCCGUGUACCGGCGGGACAGCCACCGAGACGUGCAGGCCGGCAGCCACGACUACCCUGGCGAGGGCAUCUACCUGCUCAAGUUCGACAACUCCUACUCCCUGCUGCGCAACAAGACUCUCUACUUCCACAUCUACUACACCAGCUGAAGGCCCGCUGGGACAGGGGGCAGGCGGUGUUUGCUGGCUGGAGCAGGCUGCCAGCUGGGGCCUCUUGUUUUGGAUAGGCAAGAGCUCCCAACCCUCACGCCCUGGCUGGCGUGCCUGACUGUUGACCCCAUGUAGCUUUUCCCCUGCCCAGGCUUCUGCAGAUGGUGGUAUAGUGCCCCUGUUCCGUGGUCCCUGACUCACGCUCUUCUGGCUUUAGACUCCAGCAAAAUCUCUCUGUGGAGGAAACCAUCAGGCAAAAGCCUGAAAGGAAGUUGGGUGUUGCGUUUUAAAUACAGUUUUGUUUUGGUACAA